UGACGUCAGCGAGUCGUUUCCCAUCAUGGCGGCGGAAGGCUGUGAGGAGGAGAUGAGCGGCAACGGGGAGCUCGAGGAGUCUUCAGCCAUGGAGGCUUCUGACGAUCCUGCCUUGUCUCCGACUGAGAUGGCAGUAAAUUCAGAAGAGAACGGCAGUCUUGCCGUGGCCCCUGAGGCCCCUGUAGGCCCUGACCCUGCGACGUUCACCAUGCCCCAAGCUGCAGAAGACGAGGAGGGAGAACUACCUGCGGACUUUGAGCGCCUGUGGAAGGCUGCCCACGACAAUCCUCAAGACUUCACCAGCUGGACCGACCUGCUGCAGUACUGCGAGCAAGAGAGUCACGUCACGGCGUCACGCAGAGCGCUAGAGGCUUUCCUCGUUCGCUACCCGCUCUGCUACGGCUACUGGAAGAAAUUUGCUGAUCUGGAGCGCCGCGCUGGAUACAACAAUAAGGCAGAGGAGGUGUGUGUUCAGGGUCUCCAGGCGAUCCCCCUGAGUGUAGAUCUGUGGAUCCACUACAUCAAUCUGCUGCUGGGAACACUGGACAUGAACCUGCCUGAGUCGCCCACACGGAUUCGCAGUGUGUUCGAGGACGCGGUUGUGGCAGCAGGUCUGGACUUCCACUCAGACCGGCUUUGGGAUCUUUAUGUGGAGUGGGAGAAGGAGCAGGGGAACAUGAAGAACGCAGCAGCCGUCCUGGACAGAGUCCUCAAAGUCCCCACACAGCUUUACAACACCCACUACGACAAGUUCAAGGAGCACCUGAACGGCCACGAGCCCAAGGAGGUGCUCUCCCCAGAGGAGUACGAGGAGCUGAGGGCGUUGUGUCGUCAGAGUCAGAAGGCAGAACGUGCAGAACGGGCACAGGAGGAGGAAGAGGAGGAGAGGCCGCCGGGGGAGGAAGAGCCCGCCACACCUGAGGGCACAGACUCCGAGGAGUUAAUGCAGAAGAUAAGGGAACAAGUGCUGAUUCGAAGGGACAAAGUUUACCAGGACAACGAGGGAGAAGUCCGCAAGAGAUGGCACUAUGAAGACGCUAUCAAACGUCCCUACUUCCACGUCAAGCCUCUCGAUCGUCACCAGCUGCGGAGCUGGCACUCCUACCUGGACUGGGAAAUCGCUCAGCUGAGCAAUGACACCAAAGACCCCCAAGACCCCCAACAAGAUCCAAACCAGGCAGCCACAGAGGGGUCAGAGGUCACAGCUCAGCCUCAAGAACAAUCAGAGGACGCUGCGGUUGCCACUGAUGAUCACAGGGUUCGCAUCCUCUUUGAGCGCUGCCUCAUCGCCUGCGCUCUGUAUGAGGAGUUCUGGACCAGGUAUACUCAGUACCUGGAGCCGCAAAGUGUGGACGAGGCGCGGGCUGUUUUCAAACGAGCCUGUGAGAUCCACCUGAUAUACAAACCAAACAUCCACAUGCAGUGGGCCACCUUCGAGGAGAGACACGGUGACUUAACCGAGGCCCGCCGGGUGCUGGAGGCCCUGGAGAAAACCCUACCAGGGUUGGCGGUGGUCCGUCUUCGCAGGGCGGCUUUAGAGAGGCGAGCGGGCCAGCUGGACCAAUCAGAGGCCCUGCUGCAGGAGGCGGUGGCCGAAUCCAAAGAGAAGCCCACGUUACACGCUUUUUAUUCCAUCAAGCUGGCUCGUCUGCUGCUGAAGCUGGGCAGGAACCCCAGCAGAGCCCGCGCGGUUUUACAGGAGGCGCUGGAGAUCAGUCCGGAUAACGAUAAGCUGCACCUGAACCUGCUGGAGCUGGAGGUGUCGGGCGACCCCUGGGCGUCAGCUGAGGCGGUGCAGGAGUGUGUGACACGAGCCCUGGCAGCUCCCCUCGCCCCACACACCAAGAUCCUCUUCUCACAGAGAGGCCUGCAGUUCGCCGAGGACUACAGCAACUCUAUCCAGAGUGUGCUGUCCGUCUAUGAGGAACACCAGAAGCUGCUGAAAGAGCUCGGUGGAACGAAGAGAGAAGCAGAGAAUGGGGAUGAGGACCCGGAGAAGCUGAGCAAAAGUGAGGAUGGCACCGCUGUUGCCGUGUCUGCACCCACCAUGCCGCAUGUCCCUAUCACCACACCCCCUCCUCCUGUGAUGGGCACAGACGCCACCUCACAGGCCGCCUACGGGGGAUACGGCAGCUGGUACCAGCAACCGCAGUACGGCAGCUACGGCUACCAGAACACCUGGAACUACAACCAAGGCUACUAUCCCCCCAGCUAAAGUGACUAUGACACCAAAAGAGCCACAGGAAAUGGUUUAACCCAGGGUGAUGACUCUCCAACUGAACAACAAACUGAACCACCCGGUCCGGCCGGUCCACCUGCUAAAACAACAUCCCAGCAUCCUUUCCUCUCCGUCCUUCCUCAGAGUGUCCUGGAUUGGUUGAAAUAAGGGACAGGAGUCGAGCUCUUUUAGCAUGUCGUGUUAUGUCAGUGUUAAAUCUGAGGGACAGGUGCAAAGGUGAUGAAAGGAAACAGUGACGCUCCCAUGCUCAGUACAUCAGUGUCUCUCCAUUUUAAUCAGAACUAUUUUUAUAUUUGUUUGACAGCCUUCGCUCCUGUUUUAACGUCAUCCAGUUUAUCCAACUCUACAGGUGAUGUAUGAUUGACAUUUUGUACCAUUCCAGAGUAGGCUAUAUGUUGUUUUUUCUAAUGUAUAUAAAGGUGUUUUAUAGUGUGUCACAACUGAA